AAAUUCAUAUUACGCGUCGUGUAAUCUCGUCAUGAUUUCCACACUGUAUUUAUUUUAGAUCUGGGGAGCCAAGGGAAGAUGCGGGUUACUAUAGGAAUACUGCUGGCCCUCAGUGCUUUGGCACUCGGAAAGAUAGAGAAGUUGCGCAUGCCCAGAGAUCUAUGUAGGCAAUACACAAACGUUGGGAAACAAUACAAAGCGAAAGGGAACACCAAAACACAGCAAGAAAUACAAGAUCUAGCUCUUAAACAAUAUCUUUGGACUACUGAAACAAAUCGACCACACAAUCGUAUUCCGGACUCCACUACCAAAUGGAUUGAAAGUAUAGACAGAGAAAUCUACAACGUAGCUAGUCAAGGCAGAAAAAAGAGACAGGCAGGCUGGUAUCGCGGGGAACGCAAGGAAAUCCGAAUGCUGAGUGACGGAGAAAGACAGGAAGUUUUCAAUUGCUUACAAACACUUAAAGAUACAACGACAAUACAACCUAACGUAUACGAUGCUAUUGCUAGCAUUCACCAAGGGGCCAGUAUUCCAGCUGCCCACUUUGGUUGUGGCUUCCCGGGGUUCCAUAGAAUUUACCUUCUCAGAUUAGAGUGGGCGAUGAGGCGAUACUGUAGUCGUACAAUAACCAUUCCAUACUGGGCAACCAAUCUGGAUGAAAAACUCAGCGACAUUGCCCUCUCAUCAAUAUGGUCACCCGAGUUCUUCGGAAAUGUUUUUAAUUUUGUAGAGGAAGGACCAUUUGCCAACUGGACUGAUAGCUCCGGAAGAAGAUUAACUCGUAAUAUGAACGUAGCUGGGUCCCUUAUAAGUGAUGACGACAUUGAACGAUUGGUAGAAGGAAAUAAUCAUUAUCAUGAUAUAUUUCAACACCCAGAAAAUAGAAAUCUAGAUAAUACAUUAGAAACAAUACACGUUGGGCCCCAUGCGUUUGUAGGAGGAACAUUUAAUCUGUUGAAUCGCGCAGCAUAUGACCCGAUUUUCUUUUUCUACCAUGCAUUUGUAGACUACUUAUUUGAAAAGGCUAGAGAAAGCUUCAGACGGCGAGGAUUUAACCCUGCUACUGACUACCCAUCAUGCAGAGGUGUUCACGAUUCACAGGCCCCAAUGGCCAAUUUUACGUUUUUCAGAAACAUCGACGGAUUAAACGACAUCUGGACAAAUCAGUACUUCUAUUAUGCCGAUAUCCCAACUUGUUCAGCACGAAAUCGAGACUGUGGGUCACGGCAUCUAACGUGCGUGAACAGAAGAGGACAAUGGGGAUGUCAACCUACCAGAACUAACUACAUUUUCGAUGUGUCACCAGAGGUGCGUAUGGCAUCUGCAGCACUAGAUCAGCAACUUCCCGGACAGCGGUUCCUAGAUACGAGAAAUACUAGCAGCACUGGAUUAGUUGGAGUACCAGAUCCAAUUGCACCAAAUAUUCACCAUAAUCCUUGGAAUCCAGGUCAACCAAAUGUCGAACCACCUGCUUCUGUUCCUGGGCCAUCUGUUGGUAGCCCAAAUACAGAUCCUCAAAUUGGAACCGGUGUUGCUUCACCGCUUGGAACUGGCAGCAACACAAUAAUUCAGUUACCACAAACAGACCCUGUUCCAGGACCAACUGGACUUGCCCAAACACCGAGUAAUCCCAGUGUCCCUAGCCCAGUACAAAAUGGAGCCGGUUUGUCUCAUUUUGGAAAUCAUAUGGUUCAUUCAAUACCGGUACAGCCGAAAUCUCCACAAGGAAAUUUGUAUACUGGCGUUCAUUCAGCGUUUAAUCCAUUUGAGCAAAAGCCAACCCAUAGCACAAGUAAUGUUGGCGGAAUGGAAUUACCCGUGAUUGGCAAUGUUGGUGGGAUGGAGCUGCCAGUUCUAGGUGCAGCAAAUAAUGUAAAUCCAUUUGAACCAAAAGGCCUUAGUCCACCAAAAUCUGGCCCGGAAAUAAUUCACAACCUGAAAUCACAAACCGUUACACAGCAACCACCUGUAGUUGUCAAUCCGGCACCAGCUAAUCAUGGAAGCGUUGGAAUAGGACCACAACCAAAUCCAUACACACCACCUCCCAAACCAUCAACCAUAGCACCCCAGCCGCCAAAACCACAGGCUCCUUCCAUCAUCUCCAAUAUGAAUCUCCCUGGAAAUAAUCAAGGUUCAGCUGCCGGAAAUUUCUUCAGCUGGCGACAACAACAACAGAAUUCAUUUAGCAUAAAAAGACAAAAACGUAGUGUACAAAACAAGUGGCCUUCUCCGUUGGAAACUGAAUGCAAUUCAUGGAUACACCAAAUGGCAUAUCCAAUACAAAAUUCAUUUGAAAUUGAUGGUGUUGCAGAUUCCUCCAAAUGGCUCUACGUGCCAGUCUCCGUUAAAGUGGUAAGAUCACCCAAUCGUACGUAUGAAAUAUAUGGAUAUAGAAAAGGUGCUAAUUCCAUGUAUGAUAUUUAUGAUCCACAACAAUCUAGACAAUUUCAAAGAAGAGUGAGCACUCACGCGAUGCCGCAGAGAAAGCAUUCAUCAAUAAGCGGCUCAGGUGCCUCCCAAAUCUACCUAAAGUCGGACGGCUUAUCUUACGAAGCAUCAUACGUGGACUACGUCGUUGUUGAUGAACGCUUGCCAAUAUCGGAGUAUACAGGUUUUGUAGCGAUAAAGAACCCGGACUUUGGAAGAUCAGACACGCAUAUCUCAGUAUUUGACUCGUUAGGAGAGAUAUGUAAACCAAGAUGUGCUACCUCUAGAUCGAGGUCCAACCCUAAGUAUCGCCCCUGUUCUGGAGUAAUUCGAGCAGAUACAUCCUCUCCAGAUAUGGCUUUCAAAAGCAUUCCCGAAGCCAUGUUGUCCAUGUAUACCAUCAAAGACCCAUAUCCUCCUCGCAUGUACAGACCACCAUAUCUUGAAUUCCUUUGUGAAAACACAAACACUUUUUACUGGGAAGGAUGUGAGAAUGACAGAUAUCAAUAGAGAGAAAAAACAAAGACUGGAACUUUUACAUCAAUAAUUUAUAACGUAAAUAUCGUAUCUGGUGAUUGUAAUUGGAUAUACUCUUGGAAAUUUAAAUCAUGAUAAUUUGAGAUAUCACCAUAUGUUUGACAGUCUGUUUCUGUCUUGAACUAAACAUGUCACAUGAUCAGUUACGUAGGCAAGAAGAGUAUCUCCGUUCUUGUGUUGCAUUGACAGGCGGUCUUCGGAGGAAUUUUGUAUGCAUUUGUCGUAAAAUGACAAAUAGGGUGCUGUUGUACAUAUGUAAUUGCAAUAAACUAACGUAAACUGUG